AUGUUCGGCCAUUAUCCCUCACCGCGGCUGGGGGGUCUGCAGCAAAUCAUCAGGCACGCUUCACUCGACGUCUGUGCGCAGACGGCGCCUUCGCGACAGCAAGCUCAGUGUCAGGCAGCGCUGGACGGCGGCGGCGGUGCGACUACGGCGCCCCGAAACAGCUGUCAGUCGGCCAUUGUGCGCUUCGUCCCCUCGUUUGUCGCAACGGAUGCGCGAUUCGUCUCCCGUGUUGCACCUGUCGCCUAG